AUGACUUCAUCCUGUAAAAGAAAGUGCUAUGACGACGAUUACCAUUACCCAUCACUCUUCAAUGAUGAUUUCGAUGAAGAUUGCGAGGAUCACAAGAAACUAAAAACAAAUCAUGGCUACCAAACUUCCAAUCAAACAAAGAAGGACAUCUGUGCACAUGCAAGAACUCUCCUUGAUCAUAUCGAUAUUGCCAAAGGCUCCUUAGAUGAUGUUGAAGGCAAACCUCCCUUACCUGACAUGUUUAAUGCCAGCAAAUACACAGGAACGAAUGUUCUAGCACUUGAUAUAGGAUCAAGUUUUGCAAAAGCUUUGAGUAUUGAAAUACCAAAGGCAAACGUAAAAUUUUGUCCUUCACGUGUUCUCAAAUUUGAAGGCCUCACUCCUUUUUAUUCCACCAUCCUCAACUACAACAUUAACAGUCAACAAUUCGACGUUGGUCCGAUUGACAAUAAUAGAUCUGAUUGGGUUGUGUUGGAGAAUAUUAAGAAAAUAUUUAUGGUACAGGAGCUUGUACAAAUUAAGAUCAAUGGCCAGCCUUUCAGAGUUAGCCAAUUGAUUUGUGAGUUGGUGAAAAAACUUUUUCAAAAGCUGACUCAUACCAAAAUUCAACAUGAGGGAGAAUUGAUUCCAACUUUGGGACAAUACUCUGCUAUUAUUGUUACUUGCCCUACCUCAACUUCAGAAAUUACCAAGAAAACCUUUAGAAAUUGUAUUGUUCAUGCUUAUAAUUCUCUUUUCAGCACCAAUCCCAUUCAAGAAACAGAUGUUUACGUUGUAGAGGAAUUUAAUUUUUUAAAGUAUUAUUGCGACUUGGGGCAGAAAUACCAAAGCCCAACCAUGUAUAUUGAUUUUGGGCAUUUGACAGUAGACGUUGCUAUCAUUGAAACAUUAGAAGAUGGUACUACUUGUGUGACAUAUAGAAAUGCAGAUGUUGGAGGAAUGUCUACUAUUCAUGACGUAUUGAAGCAACAUGGCCAUAACUCACAAAAUGUAAUGAAUGAAAUAUUUGUCAACAAUACAAAUGAUCGCCUUCCAAGGAGACUCAGCAAGAUAGUAGAAGAAGAAAUUGGAAAGUGUUUGAACAGUAUUACCACUCGCCUUCUGUUAAUGGCGUUUCAAAAGAAAGUCAAGCAUAUCCACAUGGCAGGUGCUAUCACAAGCGUGAAAUACUUCUCGGACAAACUUAGCGCUCUCAUAUCCAGUGAAAAAUGGAACGAUGUUGUUACGAAAAUGAAACCACAUUUCAAACAAAAGUACCAACAAGCACUAGAUUCAUCGUUUGGAUUUUCUUGUGAAGUUUCAGGAACUAGUGUGCUUUUGGAAGGCGCACAAUCAAUGAUCGAAAGAUCUAUUGGCUCUAAGGAACCCAUGCCGAUUCAAAUCGAGUGCAAAUACAACAAUGAAGAAGAAUACGUUCCAGGCUUGCUAGAAAUGGAUGAAGACAAAACAUAUUAUAUUAAGCUAUUGACUAAUAUAUAUGAUCUAUAUGUCAGACAAGAUUUUGAAAUUUAUAUCUUAAAGUUCAACUCAAUGAUUGACACAUCAACUAUUGAUGCGAUCACAGAAGAUAAUUACGAGCAGCUUGGUGUCACGGAAUUCAUUAGAUUUACCCAAGUUCAGCUAACAUUUGAUCCCACAAUAGAGACUACCAAUUUUCAAUUCUUUGUAAAACUUGGUCUUGAAAAGGAGUUUAUGAAGACUGAAUUCUUUUAUACACACAAUGAAAACUAUUUCAAAUCUACUCUCAGAAUUGAAAGAAAAGGAAGAAUGGAAAGAAUCCCUGUAAAUGAUGCUAGUAAGAUCAUUUUCAUAAAAGAAAACGACACACAUACAUGGUAUGGACUUGCUAUCAGACUAAUUAUUUUAUUACUUAAACAGCAGGUCCACUGUAAAACUUGA